AUGGCCGCAAUCACGCAGACCAUUGCAAUCAUUGAUCGGUCGAACAAGGUGGUCAGUACAAGCAAGCAACUCAAAAAUGUCUUCAAAGAGGCGAAGAUGGCCUACCUCGAGCGGAAGGCCGAGAUAGUCAACGCACGAAGGGCGAAAGAGGAGAAGGAACUGAGAAAGGCAAUGAAGGCCGUGACAAUCGCAGAGGACGCAAGAUCAGACACAACUCGGAGAUCACGCAGACAUCGCAGCCAUAGAACGGAGGUGGAGGAAGCCUACAGACGUCCGUCAACCCCCGAGCGCCACUACUCGUCCGAGUCUCCAAGGAGAUAUCAUGCUCGUGUAGAGUCCGAAGCGGAUGUUCCCAGGUACCUCGAGGAGCCUUGCCGCCCACAUGUCGGCCUAGCAGCGUUCAACGAGGAGCUCUAUGGUCACAACCACUCGGCGCCGGUGACUCCGCACGCACCUGCGGGCCAUGAACUCGUCCGUCGCACCACAGACCUGCCUUUGCAGACCCAACACCCGCACCGCCCUUCGCCUGUUCGAUCCCAUUCGGUUUCAGACAUCGACAUGGAUCUCGCUUACGGAGACUUCCACCCAGAGUCACUUAUGCUUGACCCAAAGACGGAGCAAAAGCUGCAGAAGCAGGAGAUGUCAAGCCUGGUGUUGAAGUGCAAGAUGCUCAUCGAUGAAGCCAAUUGUGCCCAGCAUAGUGUGCGAGCAAUGAUCGCACAUCUGCAAGGGAACCCGGACGCCAUGGCAGCCGUUGCACUGACGUUGGCUGAGAUCAGCAAUUUGGCGAGCAAGAUGGCGCCGGGUGCGCUCGCGGCGUUCAAGGCAGGCGCGCCGUCCGUCUUUGCCAUGCUUGCGGCUCCUGAGUUCCUCAUCGCUGUGGGUGUCGGCGUGGGAAUCACGGUGGUCAUGUUUGGAGGCUACAAGAUCAUCAAGAAGAUCAAGGCGCAUGUCAGCGACAAGGAAGAAGACGAGCCUGUGGAUGAAAUGCUGGAUGUCCGUGAGCUCGACCGGAUCGAGCACUGGAGGCGUGGCAUUUCGGAUGCCGACACUGCUAGUGUGGCCACGAGUGUUGAAGGUGAAUACAUCACUCCUACGGCCGCGAAGAGCAUGGGUCACCUGCCUAUUCCUAGGGAUAGGAGCGAGGAACGACAGAAGGAGCAGCGAAGAGAAGAGAAGAGAAAGAAGAAACACCACAGGAGGAUUGAGGACGAUCCUGACCGUACAGUGGUUGCCAGCGAGGAUUCGUCGAAGUCGCGGAGGAGCAAGAGCAGUAGAUCUGAGAAGAAAGAGAAGGCGAUAGUGAAGGUCAAGAAGACGAGUACGCUAAGGAAGAUGUUCAGCAGCAGGGAUACCGAAGUGGUCUCUUCGAGACGAUGA